AUGCUAUAAAUUAAUAUUGAGGUGCAAACUGUUUAUUUUUAUAUAGAUUCACCUAUAACGUAUUGCCAUAUGCAACUUAAUGAUUGUAAUAUGUUUGAUUGAAUGUAGCUGUAACUGCAGUCAUGUUAAAUAGUUAACUUAAAUGUAAAUGCUAUGAACAAUAAGACAUAAAUGAAAAGGCUGAAAUUAGAACUUCUUAUGAUCCUAAAAACAAAAAAAAAGUAAGUCUUUACUAAUUAUAUCAGCUUAAAUUAAUUUUUUUUGAAAAUUAAAGUAAAUUUGGAGAGGCUGUCUUUCAUCUUGACUUUUAUGUUGAGAAUUAAUUUUAAUAAUUAUCAGAUAAAUUAUCAAUCUAAAGUGAAUAGAAUGAAGAGGCUUCUUUAACUUUUAUGUUUGAAUGGUAAUUUAUAGAAAAGCCCCAAGAAACUAAUCCUAAAAUACUUAAUCCUUAUUUAUCAGGCAAUAGUCCUUAGAGUAACUAAAGAAAUGUUGGAUAAAGUCCAAAAAGAUUGGCUCAAUCAAAAAAAGUUGGAGAAGAAUUAGAAAAGAGAACAACUCAUGUAACGUAUGCUUAGUGGAAAGAUCACAAAGAAUAUUUAAAGAAUUAAUUAGAAAGAAAACUUAAAGAACCAAAAAAUCCCUAGAAGGUAAUUAUUGUAGAUGAUUAAAAUUAUAAUUGGACUGAUACACUAAGAAAGCCUGAUGCUAAUAUUAGGAUUGCAUCUCCUCCAAAACGAUUAGGCACUCCUACUAAAACAAAUAAGAAAUUUUAAAAUCCUUUAAAUAAUUUUAAUCCUCAAAGAUAAUAAGAUUAUGAAUUAAGAAUGAUAAAUGAAAAAUUAAGUAAAGUUGACAAAUAAUUAUAAUUAAUGAAUAAUGAAAAUAAAGAAGAAGAAAAAAAAAAAUAUUCAUCCAAACUUAAUUAAAAAUUAAAAUAACGUCAAUUUGAUGAUUACAAAAAUGGAUAUAAUGAAGAUUAAAUUGUAAGUCAAUCGGAAAAAGGAACAAAAUAAAAAUCUCUUCAUUAUUAAUCUUUUGUAGAAUAAAAAGAUUAGAAGGAUUAUUAACUAAUGUAUAAUAGCUAAAUUUAAAAUCCAACUCAAUAAUAUUAAGUAUCUGAUUAAUUAGUCAAAUCUCUACAUGAUCCCUAGACUUCAAUACAAAUAAAUAAAUAAAACAUUUCUAAUUAAGAUGUCCACAAAAGUUGUCCUAAACAAAAAGAAUCAUAAUAAUAAUAAUAGUAAUAGUAUUAAUAAUAAUAAUUAUAAUUAUAAUAAUAAUAAGUAAUAUCAUAAAGAAGUAAAACACAACAAAAAGAGGAUUUGCAAAAUAGUAAUUAUUCUUAUAAUCCUGAAAAUUAUGAAGAGUUAAUGAAAAAGUAUUUAGAUCUUAAAAACUAAUAUCAAAACUCAUGUAUUGAAUUUUCUCAAUUAUCUUAAACAUACUCUUAAUUAAAAGAUGAAUACACAUAAGUAGUCUAAUAAAAUUAAGAAUAUUAAUAAUAGGUUGCUUAUUUAUCUUAGUAGUAAUUAAUUAAUGUUAAUAAUGAUUAAUAAGAUCAAUCUACAUUUAAUUAAGAAAUGUUAAAAAAAGAACUUGAGUUCCUAUAAAGAGAUAACAAUAUGCUUAAGUCUCAUUUAGAAUAGAGUUAAUAUAAUGUAAGCUAAUUACAAAAAGAGAAGGAAAAAAAUCAAAUAGAAAUUUAUAAUCUUAAAAAUAAUUUAAUGUUAAUCAAUUAAGAUAUAGAAAAACUUUAAAGCGAAACAUUAUAAAUGAAAACAGAAAUAAAACAAAAUAGCUAUAGUGAAUAACCACCUUAAAGUUAUGUUAAAUUAAAUUCUGAGCCAGAUAAUUAAUUAAUUUAUUAAUUAAGGACUUAACUUGAGAACUAAGAAUUAGAUACUCUUCGUUAGAAAGAACAAUUAGAAUUACUUAGAAUAUAAAUUUAACAAUUAGAAAAAGAAAAUUCAAAUUAUAAAAAGUAGGUAGGAAAUUUAAAUCAAAUGAUAUAAUCUUAGGAAGAAGAAAUUACAAAAGUGAAGGAGUAACUUGAAGAAAAUAAAUAAGAUUUAAUUAGAAACUAAGCUUUAAAUGAUAAGAGUACUUCUGCAGAUAUUAUAAAUGGUUAAAAAUAAGUAAUUCAAAAAAAAGAAUAAGAAAUUUUAGAUUUAGAUUAAAUUAUAAAAUAAAUGAAACAACAAAUAGAAGAAUAAUAAUCAUUAUUAGAAUAGAAAUCUGAAGCUGAACAAAAAUUAAAUUAAUAAUUGAAUGAUCUUUAGUUAGAUAGCGAGAAGUUAUUAAAUGACAAUUAAUAUUUAAGAUAAGUUUUAUCUUAAAAUGAAUAGUAGUAAAUGUCUUUUUAGUAAAAUUUUCUAUUUAAUUAGAUAAUCCAAUAAAAAUUCAAUGCAUUAAAAUGAAACUAAUUUCAAAGGGUUUAGUUUUAGAGGAGAUGAUACUGAUAAUUAAAGUGAAUAUUUGAAAUAAGAAAAUGCUACAUUAAGUAUUAUUAUUUUAUGAUUCCUAUAGAGGUUGAAUAGAAUAAAGAUAAAGUUAGAAUUGAGAGUUUGACGAAAGAAUUGGAAAUUUAAAAAGUAUUUAAAUUAUUUACUUAAGAACAUAGCAGAAUUAAGUGAAUAAUAAUUGACAGAAGCAUAAGAUUAAAUCAUGUCUUAGAAAUAGCGAAUAGCUGAUAUUUUAAAUUUAAUAAUGAUAAAUGGCGACGCUAAAUAAAUGGAUGAUGUAGAGAAGUUACUAUAAAAUAAAGAAUUUUUAUCUCUUUGA